UUUCAACAAGGGGAAAAAAAAAUACUUGUUAACAAUCUUGCAUUGCUUCAUCCUCGCAUCCUUCGCUCAAGAAAUGUUCAAGUCUUUGCGUUCUACCACCGCCCUUGCUUCAAAGGCUACUCGCUCUGCUCAGCACCAGCAAAAGCGUUUCCUUGCCAUUCAUGAAUACUUGUCCGUUGACAUGUUGAGAUCCUAUGGCAUCAACACCCCCAAGGGUUCAGUUGCCAAGUCCCCUCAAGAGGCCUAUGAAAUCGCCCAGAAGCUUGGAACUGACGAUUUGGUUGUCAAGGCCCAAGUUCUUGCUGGUGGUCGUGGAAAGGGUACCUUUGACAAUGGCUUCAAGGGAGGUGUCAAGCUCGUUUACUCUCCUGAAGAGGCCAAGCAAAUGGCCGAAAAGAUGAUCGGUCACAAGCUUAUCACCAAGCAGACGGGUGCUGCUGGCAAGCCCUGUAACUCCGUCUUCGUUGUCGAGCGCAAGUAUGCUCGUCGCGAAUACUACUUUGCUAUCCUCAUGGACCGCAAGUCUGCUGGUCCCGUUUUGGUUGCCUCAUCCCAAGGUGGUGUUGACAUUGAAGGUGUUGCUGCCGAGAACCCCGAUGCCAUUAUCACCAUGCCUGUUGAUAUCAAGACUGGUUUGUCCCAUGACCAAGCCCUUGAACUUGCUAAGAAGGUUGGCUUCAGCUCUACUGGUGUUGAGCAAGCCGCCGAUACCUUUAUGAAGUUGUACAAGCUCUUCAUUGAGAAGGAUGCCACUCAAGUUGAGAUUAACCCCAUGUCCGAGACUUCUGACCACCAAGUUCUCUGCAUGGAUGCCAAGCUCAACUUCGAUGACAAUGCUGACUUCAGACAGAAGGAGGCUUUCGCUCUUCGCGAUACUACCCAGGAAGAUUCUCGUGAAAUCGCUGCUGCCAAGUACAACCUUAACUACAUUGGUCUUGAUGGUACCAUUGGAUGUCUCGUCAACGGUGCUGGUCUUGCCAUGGCUACCAUGGACAUCAUUCAGCUCAACGGCGGCAGCCCUGCUAACUUCUUGGAUGUUGGUGGUGGUGCUACCCCUGAGGCUGUUAAGGCUGCCUUCGAGAUUAUCACAGCCGAUCCCAGUGUGUCAUCUGCUUUCGUCAACAUCUUUGGUGGUAUCAUGAGAUGCGAUGUCAUUGCUCAAGGUAUCAUUGCUGCUGCCCAAGAGCUCGACCUUAACAUCCCCGUUGUUGUCAGACUCCAGGGUACCAAGGUCAAUGAGGCCAAGAAAUUGAUCGCCGACUCUGGUCUUCGUAUCUUCGCUGUUGACGAGCUUGGUCAAGCUGCCAGCAAGGCUGUUCAACUGUCCAAGAUUGUCAAGUUGGCUAGAGAAGCCGACGUCAAUGUUAAGAUUGAAGCUAAAUAGAUUUUAUACACGCUGAAUCCUAUCGUCCCUCCCUUUUUUCUUUGCUAUAAUACCGAACCAAGAUACAAAUUU